AUGGCCGAAGCAGUGGCAGCAUUUUACGCUAUUGAGACAGCAGUGGAAGCAGCAGCCAUUAGUGCGCUUGCAGUGUCUGGCGCUACCGUACCCCUGCAUGCCAAGUUUCAGAAGGUUAAUGGAGCGCCAUCUACGGCUGCUGCUGUUAAGGGCAGCACCACACACGUCGUCAAGAACAAGCUCUACAUUGUCGGUGGUGAGGCCGCAGAACCAAUCGAUGACCAUGGCAUCCACGUCUUGUCGUUUGCGCCAGACUUUGGCUCUUCAAGAACAACACUUAGUCAACCACUAGAUCUGGACUAUGAACUGCAGAAGCCAGAGUUCGCUAUUGAGCAGAGACCUCUUCAAGCUCACAGCAAACAUCUAGAAGAAGAUGUCUCCGUAGCUAAAGAUCUUUCUCAUCGUCACUCAUGGGCGCGAAACAAACACGCCUCCGCGGCGGUUGACGAUAAGAUAUAUGUGUUGGGUGGAGUCUUUGCAGGUAGCAACAAGUUGCGGAAGUCUAACACUGAACACAUCAUUCCGCUAGAUACCAUACUAGCCUUUGAUACUCUCCGGAGCACAUAUUCGGCCAUCGCUGCGAACACCUCGAAGAGCACUGAAGGCAUACCUGAACCUCGCUAUUCGGCCUCUUGUACCAGUUCGCCAAAUCCUUCGUCCGUACCUGCUCUACAAGGUGAAGGGCCCACGAUCGAAGCCCACGGAACGAUCUUUCUGCAUGGUGGAUACGAUGUCUCUGGCCAGCCUCUUCACGAUACCUGGACGUUUGACAUUGGGACAAGAGCAUGGCACAAGUUUCCAACGAUAGUCGAAGAAGCUUUACACGAUAGGUCCUCACCUGGCCAGAUAUCAUAUGUUGAUGGUCGUCUCUGGUACGUCAACAGCUCAACCGUCAUGUACCUUGACCUGUCUGAGCGUCAGCCACUAAGUGACGAUGACGUUCCGCCAGUGUCCGAGAGUCUGAGUACAGGGCGAGUUGGAAGUGGUCAAUGGCAGGUGGUCUAUCCUACCCCUGAGGCUGAUCCAGCUGUGCCAGCAGAGAAGUACAAGACCAAAUCUGCCACAGCUGCAAAAGCAGAUAGUAUUCCUACAGAACCUACCAAUCAUGUCGCGCCUGUCACCACAGGUGCAGGCCGUUUAUACCUCGUCACAUGCAGUUCGACCAACCCGCAGCAAAUGCAUCUCUUUCAGAUACCUUCUAGUGCCCAGACUGCAGCUAGCGUCAAGGAUACUAUUCGGGAUAAGACCUCAAGUGCCAUUUCAGCUUUGUCGGACGACUGGAAAAGUGGAAAGCACGAAUGGAGUAAGAUUGAGGUUCUACGCAGUACAAAGGAAGAAGGCGAACUUAAAAUACCAAGCACAGAUCUGGAGGACUUCUCUGUCGCUACCUGGGAGGAAUACGGUAACAAGCUCGUGUUCUGGGGAGGCAAGACUGAAAUCGAUGACUACAAGAACGAGGGCUGGGUUUUGCAACUGGACUGA